UUGGCCACGGGGCCGCGUUCGCGAAGGCAGCGCACUGGGGGAGGGGAGCGGCGCGGUGUCUGGAGUCUCCUCGGUCCAGGUCUCCCCGCGAGCCUCGUAGCCCGCCGGUCCUCCUGCAGCCCGCCUGCUGGGCAGGGCCGGCUCGGCCGGGCCAUGGAGUCCUACGACAUCAUCGCUAACCAGCCCGUGGUCAUCGACAAUGGUUCAGGGGUGAUCAAGGCUGGUUUUGCAGGAGACCAGAUUCCUAAGUACUGUUUCCCAAACUAUGUCGGACGGCCAAAGCACAUGCGGGUUAUGGCUGGAGCCCUGGAGGGGGACCUGUUCAUUGGACCGAAAGCAGAGGAGCACCGGGGGCUGCUGACCAUCCGAUACCCCAUGGAACACGGUGUCGUACGGGAUUGGAACGACAUGGAGCGCAUCUGGCAGUACGUCUACUCCAAGGACCAACUGCAGACCUUCUCCGAAGAGCAUCCUGUUCUUCUAACGGAGGCCCCGCUGAACCCCAGUAAGAACCGGGAGAAGGCGGCAGAGGUGUUCUUUGAAACCUUCAAUGUUCCUGCACUGUUUAUCUCCAUGCAGGCCGUGCUCAGCCUGUACGCAACAGGACGCACCACAGGAGUGGUUUUAGACUCGGGGGACGGGGUCACUCACGCUGUCCCCAUCUAUGAGGGCUUUGCCAUGCCACACUCCAUCAUGCGGGUAGACAUUGCGGGCCGGGACGUCUCUCGAUAUCUGAGGCUGCUGCUGCGCAAAGAAGGGGCUGACUUCCACACCUCAGCUGAGUUUGAGGUUGUCCGGACCAUCAAAGAGCGAGCUUGCUAUCUGUCCAUCAACCCACAAAAGGACGAGGCUCUAGAGACGGAGAAGGUGCAGUACACCCUUCCAGACGGCAGCACGCUUGAUGUGGGGCCUGCGCGCUUCCGAGCCCCUGAACUGCUGUUCCAGCCAGACCUGGUGGGGGAUGAGAGUGAGGGGCUCCACGAAGUGCUGGCCUUCGCCAUCCACAAGUCCGACAUGGACCUCCGCCGGACGCUCUUCUCCAACAUCGUGCUGUCAGGGGGCUCGACACUGUUUAAAGGCUUUGGAGACAGGCUACUAAGUGAAGUAAAGAAGCUAGCCCCGAAGGAUGUCAAAAUCAAGAUCUCUGCUCCUCAGGAACGGCUAUACUCCACAUGGAUCGGCGGCUCCAUCCUUGCCUCGCUGGACACCUUCAAGAAGAUGUGGGUAUCCAAAAAGGAAUAUGAAGAAGAUGGCUCCCGUGCGAUUCAUCGCAAAACCUUCUAAUGCCUAAGGAGGGUGGACAUACUGGGAGAGGGAGGAAGGGGAGCCAGAGCCCUUGACCCUUUGUGGUCUGGGUUCGUGUUCUAAGAUUCGGGUCCCCUGCAUGCCCUGACCCUGGAGCAGGUGGUACAGCCGUGGUCACCUGUUGCCCUCCCCUCCCCCGUGCUCAACAGACACACACGCACACGCACAGACACACACACAGAUACAGAAUAAUGUUUAGCUGCAGGGGUGGCAGUCCCCGGCUGGAGCAUAGGAACUGAGGAACCCAGCAGUGAGUUGGUGUGAGUGGCCCUCUCAGAAGAGCCACUUUGGCCUGUGGUUCCUUGCUCUAAGUCCGGACCCACGUGCUCCCUUUGCUCUGACGGGCUCCCAGUGGGGCUAACCUCCCUGGGUCUCUGGAGUAGGCUGAUGGGAGGGGUGGCCAGGAGCUCCCUCCAGGGUGGUGGGGCCCUGUGGGGUUUCACACUGCCUCCUCUUUCUGGCCUGACAAGGCAAACGCCCUACAUAGGACUGACUAGGGAACAGUCCUCCAUUCCAACACUGAGGGAAUGUAGCCACGAGGCAGAGCAUCAGAGCCAUGGGCAGCCGCCCUCGUGGCUUGCCCACUCUCCUUCAAAGCACUACACUGAUUUGCUACUCCCUCCUCUUUCCCUCGGUGCCCUGGACAGGAAGGGGUUAAUGGUCUUUAUUUUCUGAGGGAAAGCCAUUUAAUCAGGACUGAGACCCAAAGAGGUAGGCAUGUUCUCACCUCCCUCAAGGUCUUCACCAUGACCAGGGCCUCCCCUCCCUCUCCAGAUCUCAACAGUAAUUUAACACAGCUGCCUGAGAAAUACUUGUUUUUAUAAAUCAUUAUAGUAAUAAUUAUGGACAAGGCCGGGUGUGUGGCUCUGAUUCGUGUGGCUCUGUGCUCACCCAUCCCUGGGGGUGUUGAGAGAAAGGACACCGGCAGGCAGAGCUCGGGUGUUUGAGGCAACAGGACAGGUGAGAGCGGCCUCAUACCCUCCUGCUGUGGCCUACUAGAGCCGUGGCGUGAGGUGCAGGCCUGCCGGGGUGCAGGUGCAGGCUUACAGCUUAAAGCAGGAUGAGAAGGAAGGGCGGCCUAGGAGUGCACCCGGCUCCACAGGAAGAUGCAGAACACCUCAGCAGGUAGAAGUUUGCUUGUUAGUAUGUCGGUGCCUACUGCACAGCUCGUGUUUGAGGCUGGUGGAAAACGAGAUACAAAGCGAUCAUCUCAGAGGAGAAAGAUGCCGGCCAUUUUGGAACAGUGUGGGGCUGACAAGGUCAGGGCUGCACCAACAGGUGGGGCAUGCUGGCUUGUAAGUGCUUGGCCAGUCGGUUAGGGAGCGGCCUCUGUCAGGCUGGGGAGGGAAAGUUGGCAGGCAAGGAAGGGUAAGUUGGUCUGUGGCACAGUGACAUAAACCAAAGAUGCCAGAUGGGCUAGCGUGUGGAGGGUCUGAAGAAAGGAUGUUAACUGCCAGGUGACAAGUUUUCAGUAUGGAAGAGUAGUGAUCACAGCCAAGUGUUGAAAGCUAUAGAUAGGCCAAAGUACUGAUCAGGAAUGUGUGCAGCAGAUUCUGUGCUGCCGUGUGGUCAUAGCAUGGCAUCGAAGUUUACACAGAAGCCUGUGCUAAGGGGCCCUGCAAACCAGCUCUCGUGCAGGGGGCUGCUGGCUCCCAGCCACCGUAUUUGGAACCUUCCUGCCAGGCUCCUCGUCAUGCCCACAUUUGUCAGUCUUCCGAAUCUGACCUACAGACUCUGCUACCCAUCCUUUCCUAGCAGGGCCCCAGCCUAGCCCAUGACCGCGCUCCAUCCUGCCCACCCGCCCAGUGUGUUUGCUCAAUCUAAUGUGCGGAUAACCACCUCAAACCUGUAAUGAGUUAUAAGCCAUACAAUAAAAUAUUUAUGAGACCUUA